AUGGCCGACGACGAACUCUUCACACGGGCCAUCUCUGGGUAUCGGGACGCGUUUUUGGUUCGACACUCCCAUCUUACGGAAUCAGAGCGCAAUGAACUUUGGAGUCAACGGUUAAGCCAGUUCAUGACCACCACGGCCUCUUCCUCCGCAUUCCCGUCCGCCGCGUCAUCCAGUUACCGCCCGGUUUCCGGCUCUGGUCUUCCUGGAGAUGGCGCUUCAGCUCUCGAGAAAUCUGGGAAAAGGACGCGACAGGAUACUCCCCGGACCCUACCUGGUUCUGGUCUUCCUCCACCGAAACGACGAGUCACCACUCCGGAACCCCCAGUGACCGUUGAUCUGACACGCGAACUGUCUCAUGCGUCCUCGCCGGCAGCGCCGGAGACAUCCCGGCGCCUAACAAGAACGAAUUCUCGGAAGGACAACUCGGUUUCUUUCUCUGGUCCUGGGCCCUCCCGGCAUACGGCCAUGGUCCGCUCCCAGAGUCAGCAGAUUCCGGUUGCGCACCGUCCGUCGCUGGCCUCCGCGGUGACGGGAUACCGACACUCUUAUGGACCCCAGCGUGUUCAGCGUCGCCUGGACCAUGUGAACGAAUACACCCCCUCCGAAUAUGCCAAGCAGUACUUGGAUGAUUUCCAGGGCCAGGGACACGUGUCGGCACUCUCUCUGGCCCUUUCUGCGGAUCCGUCGAUGUCUGGAUUUCAGCAACAUCAGCCACAGCUAAAUCAGGGCCAGCCUGAACUGAUGACAGACUUCGCCAUGGCCAACCCCGCGAUGAUUGAUCAUGCGGUCCCGUCGGCCGCUGUGGAGAUGAGUCGGAGUACGACCACGGACUCGCUUUGCGGGGGCAUGGGGAUGAUGAGGUUCGAUUCCUCGGGACCGAAUAUGGAUUCUAAUUUCUCCUUCUCUGUUCCUUCUGAAUUUGUCCCCUCCACUGCACCGAUGAACGUCCCCUUCCCCCCCUCCUUCAACGCCAUGCACCGAAACCCCGGUCAUGAAGUCUCCUUCCCUUUCACCGAACAAUUUGCCCCCAUGUCGUUUUCUUGCUCCGCCCCCUCCUCCACAUCAUUCCACCACCCGUCCAUUCACACAAUAUCGCCGUCGCCUGCGACGGAGAUGAAGCCUUCUAUGUCUGCUGAGAGUGACAGUUCGUCUGGCUCACAGCCGUCUAGAGCGGCUCGCAGGACCCAAGAACAGAUCGUGCAGGGCACUCGUCCCAUUGCCCCCAAGGCUGAGCCGCUCAGCAGCUCCCCACCCAAGGUGGCCGAGCAGCACAAGAUGAUUCGCAUCUCAUCAUCCGAUGGUACGGCCAAAGAGGUUGCAGCCAUUCCCAAAGCUUCGAUACAACGGCCCCCGCGUCAGAAGACGUAUUGUGAUAUGUGCAACGACCAGCCCGACGGGUUCCACGGGGAGCACGAGCUGCGUCGACACGUCGAGCGGGUGCAUGCCGUGUUUCGCAAGGUUUGGGUGUGUGUUGACAUCUCUCCAGGCAAGACGUUCCUGGCAAACUGCAAGGCUUGUCGGAACGGCAAAAGAUAUGGUGCUAACUACAACGCCGCCGCGCACCUUCGUCGCACCCACUUCAACCCCUGCCAGCGAGGCCGCGGUGGUCGUGGGAAAGACAGUGAGAAGCGCGGCGGCAAAGGCGGCGGGAACCAUCCGCCGAUGGACGUUCUGAAGCACUGGAUGGUGCAGAAAGAGGAAGUUGUCCUCGAGAACGCGUCCAACUAUGUUGGCAAGCAAGCGGUAGACGAUGAUAUGGGUGGUUCCGAAGAUGUUCAAUUCUCCGGGACAGAAGACUUCUCUUCACAGGGUAUGGAAUCGACCCUGGUGAACGGGUAUGACUCCUUUGCUACACUCCCCACGAUGGGGAUGGAUCCGUCCAUUGAUGCUGCACCCUGUUACUUCGAUUCUCAGACCUUGCCGCCUGAGAUCGACUCGUAUGUGUGA